AUGCUGACGGGGGCCGGGGGCUUCGUCCUCCUGGGCUGGGGCUCGGCCUCCACCUGCGGGAGGAGCACCCAGCCCCUCCUUUCCUCAACACUGAGCACACCUGGCACCCCUAUUCGCAGCCAUCCCGGCUUUCCCCGCCCUGUGCUGGGACUGGGGUCACUGGGGGCCCUUGGAGCCCCCAUUCCUGGAUACAGGGACCCCCUUAACCCCACCCAUCCCACCUGUACCCACCCCCAGCCUGCCCUUUUCUCAGUCCCGGAACCCUCAAACCCCCUUCCCGGCUCUCCCAGCUCUCCCAGUUCCCCCUUUCCUUCACCCGUGACCCCCCAGACCCCAAAUCUCCGUGUCCCCCCAGCUCUCCUGUCCCUGCGUUACCCGCACGUGGCGGUGCCGGAGCCCGGCCCGGGGCUCCCCCAGUUCGUGUCCAUGGGGUCCCUGGAUGGGAUCCCCUCCCGGCGCCACCGCAGCGAGCGGGGCCGGGCCGAGCCGCAGGCGCCGGGGAUGGCGGCCGGAGCCGAGCCGGGAUCUUGGGAUCCCCCGGAGCCGGCACAGCGAGCGGCACCGGCUGAGGAAUCAGCAAAUUAUCUGGGGCACACCUGCCUGGAAUGUCUCCGGAAACAUGUCAGAUACGGGUGGGAGGCGCUGGAGUGUGAAGAGCCCCCUGAUGUCCAUGUGUCCGGGAAAGUGGAACAUGGGAUCCUGACGUUGUCCUGCCACGCGUACGGAUUCUACCCCAGCACCAUUGGGAUCAGCUGGAUGAAGGGGAUGAAAUCCGGGAUCGUUCCCAACAGAGACAGCACCUUCCACCCCCGGGCCGGGAUCGAGGCGCUGCCGGAGGAGCGGGAGCAGCACCGGUGCCGGGUGGAGCAUCCUGGAAUGCCGGAGAUCGGGAUCUUCUCCUGGGAGCCGGAAUUCAGCGGGAAUCUCACCCCGGUGGUCGCUGUGUUCAUCGCUGCCAUCGGCGUCAUUCUCCUCAUCGGAUUCGGCGUCUGGAAGCUCCAAUCUGGUUCCCCCCCGAAACUCCUCCUGGCAGAUCCAGCGGUGAGGGGAGUUCGGGGGGUCCCUCAGUAUUUGGGGUCCCCCGGGAUUUGGGGUGAACCCCCCGGGCCCCCCAGGAUCUCCCUGAACACGCUGACGCUGCCCGUGCGCAGCGAGAAGGUUCAUACCCGGCACGGGGUCCCCAGCUCUGUCACCGGCAUCGCCCAGGUACCCCAAAACCUCCCGGGAAUCCCCAACACUCCCCCGGGGAACCCCAACCUCUCCUGGGACCCCGAAAAUAUCCCCGGGACCCUCCAAAAACUCCCCAGGAUCGCAAAGCCCCAUACAGACCCCCCAAAACCCUCUCAGGACACCAAAAUUCCCACGGAACCUCCCAACACCCCCCGGCCCCCUUGA